UUGUCUUUCACAUUUUUUUUUUCUGCAGAAGUUUUGAGAAGUGACUGAGACACACCGCGACCCAGAGUUCAGACAAAGUGACACACAAUUUCGCAGGAUUACCUUUACCGCAUCUUUAAAGUGAAUAUUGGACGUUUACCAACGGGACGGGGUUUUUAAAUCGAGCCCCUCAUCCUGGACGGGCUGAAAACUUUCAACCGAACAAAAUGAACCGGAGCUUUAAUAAUAAAUCGCAGUCUUUGCGUAGCUUAAACAUGAACGCAGUGGAAGUAAAAAGCAAGUAUGGGGCAGAGUUCCGAAGGUUUUCGGUGGAUCGGCUAAAACCCGGCAAAUUUGAUGAGUUCUACAACCUCAUCAUGACCAUCCACCGGAUCGCAAACAUGGAGGUGAUGAUUGGAUAUGCUGACGUCCAUGGAGAUCUCCUUCCCAUCAAUAACGAUGAGAACUUUUGCAAGGCCGUGUCUACCGCACACCCCCUGCUGCGAAUCUUCAUACAAAAACAAGAAGAGGUUGACUACAGCAGCUUUGGCACCAGCACACUGACCCGGAAAAAGAAGGCUGUUGUUACUCUCCGCAAUGACCUGAACCGGAAGCGGCCACAUAUACGCAUUGGUAUGCCUCAGGACUUCCGUCCCGUGUCAUCCAUUAUUGAUGUGGACAUACUUCCUGAGUCCCACCGGAGAGUUCGACUCUACCGGUAUGGCUCAGACAAGCCUCUGGGCUUCUACAUCCGUGAUGGCACCAGUGUCCGUGUUACAGCCCAUGGUUUGGAAAAGGUCCCGGGUAUCUUCAUCUCCCGCCUGGUCCCCGGAGGCCUGGCCGAGAGCACAGGCCUGCUUGCCGUCAAUGAUGAGGUCCUGGAGGUCAAUGGCAUUGAGGUGACCGGGAAGACAUUGGACCAGGUAACGGACAUGAUGAUCGCAAACAGCCACAACCUUAUUGUGACUGUGAAGCCGGCGAACCAACGCAACAAUGUGGUGCGCAGCAGUCGCAUCUCUGGCAGUUCGGGUCAGUCAUCUGACAGCAGCGGUUCUGUGGGCUACCCCGCCAUCACCACACCCUCAGGUGCCACCGCCAUCAGCCAUGGUUAUAGCCCAGAAGACCUGGAGAGUGACGAGGAGUCGGACAUCGUAAUUGAGAGCAACAUCAAACGGCCAUCACGCCGCUCUAACGCAUCAGUUGCUUCGACUGCAUCCCGGUCCCAGAUGCAAAUGACUGCAGUUGCCCCACCCAGCCCCCCUACACGACCCCAAACAAGACCCCCAUCCACCGUAUCGACUGCCUCUUUCCAUUCUCAACCGAGCUUUAACGGCACAGUGCACAACAGUUUGAGUUACAAGCUUCACAAGGACCUUACCCUCCAGCACCACCCCUACCACAGCAGUAACCCCACCAUGAGGGGGAGCAAUGGCAGCCUGCACAAAAUCCUCAGCAGUCUGAGGACAGACCCCCGUCACAGCCUGACUUUACCCAGAGGAGGGGUGGAGGAGGAUGGAACAGUUAUCACUUUAUAAAUGAUAACUGUGCCAUCCUCCAGAGACUUGGCCUUUCAGCCUGGGAAGUCAGACUUGACUUUGAACCUCAGAAACUUUAAGGGUUUUGUAAAACAAAUAAUUUAACAGAAACAUUAUCUGUAAAUGUCACACUUUUAAAUGAUUGCUCUUAAUGUGUUGUGAUGUCUUAUUAAUCAAAAAAUUCAUCGGAAUUAGUGGUGUGUGUGUUACUUUUUCCAAGCGGAGCCACUGAUUUUAUCAUGUCUAUCAACUUUUUGUUCUUGUUUAGAGGUUAAUUUUAAUCAUGUUAUCUAAAUGUCUUCUGGGACCAGAAAUUAGGUUUAGUCCUGUGUGUGAUGUUUUAUACUGUUUACAUUUCGUACCUGAAAACGUUUGCUCCUGGUGUAAUGGAAAAAGCUGAUUAUGCAGUUACAAAAAUGAAUUUACAUUUAAUUAGCCACACAAACGUUUUUUAUUAACUCCAAGUUAAUAAAUAGUAUUACUAUUCAUUAUUAUGAAUUUCUUUUAUAUUUUUGUUGAAUGUGUUCAAUACCUUAAGACCGUGAAUUCCCUCAACCUUGAUAUAUUUAACAUGGCUUGUUUCAGCAUCACAAAAGAACAUUGUAAUUUGACAAAUUAUGUAAAAUUACUAAAUGAGAUGAUCUUAUCUUUUGUUAUCUUAAAACAUAUUCUAAUGUCUUGUUUUUAAGUCAUUCAAAAAGAUGUUGACUUGGGUUUGGUUUAAUUAGACAUUUUUAGGUAUUUCACACUUUGAUGUCUUCAUAUAGACCUCUUGACUUAAGGAGCCCAGUGGAAUGCGAAGUGGUCGGUUCUGUGUUUAAGCCCGCACACAUAUUUUCUGUCACCUCACUGUUAAUGAGCCCUCACCUCUGACCUCCACUAAGUCUUUAAGGUAAUCCAGCCACUGAGCAUACUUACAUUUUUACAUUGGGAACAAUUAUGUUUUGAAGCACACUCUAGUAGUGUGGUUAGGCUGAAGUAGUUUUUGUUUGUAAAGAUGCUCCUUCUUGGUGGUUUUUUACUUGUGACUUGUCUUUCAGAAAUCUGUGGAAUACUUUUCUGUGUGUAAUUUAAAACCACUGUGGAUCCCUUUCAUUUGCUUUUAGGUUGACUGCAUUGAUAUAUCAUGUUAAAACAAGGACUAACCUUCAUAUCCAGCAUUUUUGUAGAUAUGAGCAUUUUGCCUUAGAGUCCCUCCUACAUGCAUAAUUUUCCCAAACCAUACACACUCGGUAUUUGGAUCUGACCACUGGAAAUAAAAUAUUAUAACGUUAAACUUUGAUAAAAGCAUGGACAUGGAGGAACACGUGCACGGUUGUGUCGAAAAAGCUGUAUUGUGAGUCGCCAUCUGCUGGUCGCUCUGUGAACUACCAUUACAUUAAAUAGAGCGUCUCCCCUUUCCUGCGAAGAAUCGCAUUUUUAUAUUUUGCAUUAAACAUUUAUGAUGAUUUCUUGGUUAAUUUCUGUCUGUUUUAACAUUGAAUAAAUCUAAUGGAAAUAAAAAAGACUAGAUAAAAAAGCAGAUUAUUAAAGAAAUGGGUACAACGGAUGUCCCCCUCUGUUGUGUUACGUGUCAUGUUUCUGUUUUAUCCAACCAUCUUUAAAAUUCAUGUAGAAUGUAGAAUAUUAUUUGAUGGUUUAACCUGAUGAAGUUUGGUAAUAUUCUGUGUCUGAAAAUGCUCAUGAAGGUUUAGCCAUGGCAGUCAAGAGUAAACUACACUUAAAAUGUUGGUUUUCAAGCCCUUUCCAUUUAAAAAUACAUGGAACGUGAAUAUUGUCUAUAUGUUUUUUUUGUUGUUGUUGUUGUUGUUGGUUUUUUUUUUACUGGUGUCAAACUUUUUUAAAAAUAUAAUAAAUUCUGAGA